AGUUGAGUCCACUGAAAAGUGAAAGUAAGAGUCCCAUCGACUGGCGCUAAUUACUCGGUGUGCACUUCUCAGUAGAGAAGGCUGUAAAUGGGCAUAUAGCGACUUAAACCUACAGAUGUAAUAUUAAGAAAGGGAGUUUCCAAGUCAUCUGGGUGGACAUUGCAUUGAAAAGGAGGCGAAUUUAAUGCUUCAUCCAGUUUUCUGCACGCCUGGAACUGUCAGCGGUCGUAUCCACAAGGUUAUGCAAACAAUUAUAUGUGGUUGAUUAAAGAGAGCCUGGCUUAUCGCAUCGAAAGACCAAGAGGACAGAAGAAUAUUCCGGAGUUCAGAGAGGUUUGUGCCGGGGCCCCAUUACAGUGCAAAGGCUAAUAAGCAGAGUAUUAGCAGAACCAUGCUCAAGCCCAAAUGCCGGCUCCUCAGGGUGUUGUUAGGUUUUAUUUGUGUAUUACCAGUGUGCAUUAGUGCGGCACCAGAUCUCUGUGCAUCUCUGAAAACAGUAAGGGACAGCCUAAACAUAACUCUUAGGAGACGCUAUAUGAAAACAAACUUUCCCAUUAACUAUACCAUUCAAGUGCAUUAUGAGGAGGUGUUCAGGCUGCGCAACAUCAGCAGACUGAGGAAUGAAGAGCAGCCGGUAGAGCUGAGUGAUUUACAGGAUUUGUGGCUUUUGGUUAGUCAGGAGGGUAUAAAGAAGAUUUUAAGGAUGCUGCCAGAGAGGCAUCCUACACGCCGUCAAUACCUCUCCAAUCUGGAGAACCUCAUCAGAAAUUUCCAGGUGCUAUAUAACCAACACAAUCCCAGAGAUGAGGAGAGAGAACUUCCAGAGAGCAUACAGCACAUCUGGGAUCACUUGAGGGACCCAUAUUACAAGGGUUGGAAAUCUGUUACACCAAAGUUCUUAUUAGACAACUGUUAUCGGACCAUGCUUUGCCUUUUCAAAGACUGCUUCUCAACAGAAGAUGGCAACUAUGACUAUUGUGAAGUCCUCAACUGGAGGAAAGGAAAAAAAACAACAUAGCAGCAGAUGCAAGCAUUCUGAUCCUGUUUUUAUGUUGUUGGCGUAGGUGUAAAUGGGUGUUACUCGGUUUAUGUAAUGGCACGCAGCGUGCUUGUGUGUCUUUUGUCCUAGUCUCCCAAGAUGAAAAAAGCAGCAGCCAUCUCACCACUUGGAAAAAACGUACUAACCCUGCAACUAUUGCUCUCCAUCAUUCAAAACCAUGCCUUUAUACGUCCAUCCACCCAACUGCCCACUUAAUUGUUUGCAUUUUUAUAUUUAUGCAGUAUUUUGCUAAUAUAUGACCAAGUAUGCACUGUGCACAUGCUUUAUUGUGGAGAGCAGCUUUGAUUCUGCACUGUAGAAUUGUAUUUAGGUAAUUACAAAAAGUCUUUGCCACUGUGACUUAUAUUUCCUAGGAAAAUAAAUAUGGUGUUUUUGAUGUAUGCCAAAAUUGUAUAUUGUCAUCACCACGUUGUAAAUGUUCCUGAAUUUGUUUAUGUAAGAUGUACAAGUAACAUGGAGCUUCUUUUGUACGUAUCAUUUGCAUGCAAAUGUUGUGCUGACUGCUGGCUUGGUUGGCAAUGGUUGCUUUUACCCAAAGUUUCUGUACUUUUGUGCUUUACUGCUGGUCCAAUGUUGAAAGAUUGCACCAAAUUAUUACUAAAUGUCCUAUAAAAUGCCGUUUUAUGAGAUCAGGUGGAUUUGAUACCAUAUUUUCAUAUGUUUUAUGCACAGAUUUUAGUCGUGGUUAUUUAUUUGGACUCCUGCCACAGAAUGUUCUGGGAACUGUUGUAACAUGGAUUGAAAAAUAAAUCUCUCACUAU